GUUGGUGUGAUUCUCAGUAUCGCGAGAAAUGUCAGUUUGACGACGGAAAAGUGUUUUUUCCCCCAAAGUUUUAUACGGAUUUCUACGUGAAAAACAGUAGAAGGAUACUCAAUAUACAGUUCAGCACUACCAUGAACCCUUUGCGUUAUCGCUGCGCAGCUCUGUUGACCUAGUCGUGUAUGGAAAAUUAUGCAAAAGUGCAAAAUGUUUCUCAACGCAGUGCAUUAUAUUUAUACGAUAUCUUCGAGUUCGAGUCUCUUGUGAGAAUGGGCAGAUCGGAUGCGAUAGGGAGUGGCAGUGCCUGCGUUCCUGCUCUCAUGUUCCCACAAAAUUGAUGCAAUCAACCAAAAAGGUGGCGAAAUAUUUAUACUUUAGCAUAGGAAACUGUUUUAUGCUGUGGACUGCAACAUGUCGAGCCCUGACUUGGAGAAUCGACAAUUCCUCAAGACCAUCGAGUGGGAGAUGAUGGACAAGGCCAAGUUCUUUCCGCUGAGCAUGCUGAGCUCCUUCACCGUGCGCUGCUGUCUCUACCCUCUCACUGUGAUCAAGACGCAGCUGCAGGUGCAGUUCCGGAACGACGUGUACUCGGGCAUGCUGGACGCCGGCUCGAAGAUCUACAAGUCUGACGGCAUUUCCGGGCUGUAUCGCGGCUUCUGGAUCUCCUCCGUGCAGCUCGUGUCGGGCGUGUUCUACAUCAGCACGUACGAGAGCGUGCGUCACGUGCUGAGUCAGUACGGCGCCGGGCCGCGCGUGAAGGCCCUCGUGGGCGGUGGAUGCGCCUCUGUGAUCGGCCAGACGCUCAUCGUGCCCUUCGACGUCAUCUCGCAGCACAUGAUGGUGCUGGGCAUGCCGGCCACUGAGAAGGGGGGCCUCAAUCCGCUGGGCAUCAAGCCGCAAAAGGGGCGCUUCAGGCUCGCCGCCGGCAUCACGAGGGAGAUCUACAGGAGGGAUGGUUUCGUCGGUUUCUACCGUGGCUACACCGCCAGUCUUAUGGCCUACGUGCCCAAUUCUGCACUUUGGUGGGCUUUCUACCACCUGUACCAAGAUCAACUGUACAAAAUACUGCCGCACUGGUCGUCUCAUCUGUUAGUGCAAUGCAUUGCCGGAAGCUUCGGGGGCUUCACCACCACGCUCAUCACGAAUCCUCUCGACAUUCUGCGAGCACGGCUUCAGGUACAGCGCCUAGGGUCCAUCCGGGUGGCCUUCAACGAACUGUGGGCCGAGGAGAAGAUGCACAUGUUCUUCAAAGGACUCUCGGCCCGCCUGGUGCAGAGUGCAGCCUUCUCAUUUAGCAUUAUCCUAGGCUAUGAAACAAUUAAGAGGAUAUCUGUGAAAGAACAAUACAAACACCUAGUAAAGUGGUGAGAAUGAGAGAGAUUGAGCACUUUUUACCCAGUGUACAUAUAAUAAUUCUUUUUGUAAUAGGCAAUUGAAGUCUUUCUUUUACGCAUAGUAACUUAUACACAAGAUUAUUGUUUUACGGCUUUGUUACUGUUCUCAGGAAGAAUCGAUGAAAUGUGUAAUAUAAUGUGUAGAAACAGAA